AUGUCGAUGUUCCGGUCAGCAGCGGAAAUGUCUUCAUCGGACUCUGAAUCUGGCUCUGAAGAAAGUCAACUCCAGGUGUCCGGGUGCUCAACUCCUCGUCACUCCCCGAAAGGUCGGACCGAAAGCCCCCAGAAGGGCAAGUCAACCAACCACGCCUCGAGAGAAUCAGAAUCUACAGAAGAUGUCGGUUCCUCACUUUCAUUCGAUGACGUUUCCACGCUACCGCCGGAUGCACUUGAUGUCAACAUUGACCGUCACGCAAAUGUCAUGACAGCUGCCUUAUUGGAGUUUUACUGUCAAAGUCGAGCGGCAGAUAUCUUGAAUGCGCAACGAGGCUCAAGACAAGCGUAUAGCCGACAUAGUCCUGAAGCACACUACCUUGGCAAGCAAUUGUACAAAUACAAAUCGCAAUUCUUGUCGUCUCAUGGUGUCUUAGCAGACGGCAUUGACAAAGAAGAAUUGGGGCCAACUCGGCAGAGCUAUCGUGAUAACCUUGAUUUGCUCGGCAUCUCUGCCCUCGAUGAGAUGAAACUCAAUGACCCUCAUGUACGGUCUCCUACUAUUGAUGCAGGAGACAAUCUCUCGUUGAUUACAAAGUCAUCAAUUCACAGACCCGGCCUUGACGAUGCAGAAAGUCCCUCAGCGUUCUGGAGGGAUACUGGUGCAAAUGCGGGCUUUGGGAGACACCUUCCUUCUACACGCAAAGUUGAUUACCUUUCGGCCGAUCCGAACGCGGCACCGAAUCUCCCUCAUCCUUCCAUACCUCUCUUUGGCAGUUCGCCUGUUGGGGUCCCGCUAUUCAAUUCUCCGAACGUCCCUCCAUACAACCAUCUAUCCAGAUAUUCUGUUGAAUUCAGUGAACUUAAGGUGCUGGGACGUGGAUCCUUUGGUGAAGUGUACCAUGUUACAAAUCACAUUGACGGGCAAGACUAUGCAGUCAAGAAAAUCCCACUCAGUCAAAAACGACUAGAUCAGUUGCAGUACGGAGGUCAAAACCAACUUGAAGUCAUUAUGAAAGAAAUUCGAACGCUUGCCCGACUCGAGCAUACAAACAUUGUCCGGUAUUAUGGCGCAUGGGUCGAGCAGGCCCAUCAUUCACAUCCGCCUGCUGCAGAACCUCGUCCGCUACACACAGCAUAUGAGCGCACGCAAAGCAAUCUACCCUCUCCCGAUACCCCCAAUGAACCAAGUAUGGGGAUUGUAUUUGGUACUUCUGGAAGCUCAAAUAACGACUCCCAUUCAAGUUCCCUACCCGAAGAUCAUAGCUUCUCCGAGAGCAUUCGGCGCUGGGACAGCCAUGCCACUGGCUCUUCCCGUCAGUCAAAGAAGAGCUCGCGAAGGGAUAUAGACGAGGAUGACGAUGAUAUUGAGUCGAUUCCUCGCACCUUUGAUAAUACAUCGAGCUACGGGGAAACCGAUGACAUUUUCACCGAUGGGGGUCUCAGUCAAGAUCAGUCCAAGCUCCAAGUUCAACCUCGUUACCGACCUGGCCAGCCACCUCCUGCGGUUAUUCUCCACAUUCAGAUGUCGCUCCAUCCUAUUUCAUUGGGCUCGUAUCUGAAUUCGCAAGCACCUCUGAGAUAUGAUGAGAGUUCACCGCCUCGCCGCCACUGCUUCCAUCUUCUGCCUUCCUUAAAACUCAUGCUGGACAUUGUUUCGGGUGUUGAGUACCUCCACUCGAAGGGCAUUGUUCAUCGCGACCUGAAACCUGCCAACAUCUUCCUGUGUGCACCUGAAAAUGGCACGGUAGAUAUAUGCGAUACAUGCAGUUCUGGGCAGGAUUCUCCAGUCCAAUUUUGCCGCCCUCGAAUCGGAGACUUCGGUCUCGUGGCAGAUAUUUCUCACCUCAACGAGCCCUCACGCGGCACGGUUACGCCAUACCGAGAAGGUCCCAAUAUCCAAAAGGUCGUUGGCACCGAGUUCUAUCGUCCACCGGCCAAUGUACCGGGCACAGAGAGCGAUCCAAGCUCGCCAGCAGGCUAUUUCGACGAAUACAGAAUCGACGAAAAACUCGAUGUCUACGCACUCGGCGUUAUUCUUUUCGAGACUCUAUACCGCCUGAACACGAAGAUGGAGAGACAGUUCGUUCUAAAUGACCUCACUCGCGGAUCAGGCCAAGAUCCGUCUGAGCACACUAUCUUCCCGCCAGACUUCACCAACAAAGUUGAUCAUGGCUCGAUGAUUUUGGACGAUGGAAUUUCGGUUGCAGAUUCUCUAAUGACUUGUAUGAAGGGCAUGCUAGAACCCCGGUCUCGACAGCGCUGGACCUGUCAACAGGUGAAAGAACACCUGCGGAAAAUGAAGAAAGCAGUGCGUCGACUGGAAGCGAAUGAAUGA